AUGAAAAACUUCCAGAACAUGCAGGUUAAUAAAGCUAACUUAUUGACUUGGCAAGGGCUUAUUGUUUCUGACAACCCUCCAUAUGAUAAGGGGGCCUUCAGAAUUAAAAUCAACUUUCCAACAGUAUACCCAUUCAAACCACCAAAGAUCAUAUUUAAAAAGGUGAAGGUCUGUCUGCCAGUAAUUGGUGCUGAAAUUGAAAAGCCAGCAAAAAAAACCAACCAAGUAACCCAGUCCCUCAUAGCACUGAUGAACGACCCCCAGCCGAAGCCUCACCUUCAGGGUGACCUAAAUGAAGAAUACUCUAAGGACCAUAAAAAUUCUGUAAGAAUGAUGAAGAGUUUACCAAGAAAUAUGGGAAAAAGCAACCUGUAG